GUCCACCCCGCGGCCUGCUUCGUGCCCGAACCGGGCCGGGCACGGCGACAAAGGACCGGUCAGCCCCGACCGGCCCCGGCCCCCCGCACACGUGCUGUUGGAACCCAGCGAUGGGCGGGGGGGCCGCAGGGCGCGGGCUGAGCCGGCUCUGCGGAGUGGUGUCUCCUGCGGCCCAGCCUCGGGUGGGCAUGUCCCCGGGUGCAGCCCCCGGUGCAGGCAGGCCCCAGCCCGCGGCUCCUGACACACCAGCGUUAACUGGGACGGGCCCCGUGUCCCCCCAGCACUUGGGGUGCAGGGAGUGGGGCCAGGUCCUGCCCAGCGCUGUGGGACACGUGUGUGUGUCUGGCUGUCUGCGAAAGGUCCCAGCGAAGCCCCUGGCAUGUGCUGCUGCCAUUCCCUGACCUUGGGCCAGCGCUGGUCAUGGCUGCAGGCCCGGUGCUGAAAGUGCAUUUCCGCCCAGGCCAGAGGAGGAGAAGAGGCUGCUGGAGUGGGAGGCAGCCGAUCCGCUGCAGGCAGGCUCUGCCCCGUGCCUGGGGGCUGGCAGGGCAGCACAGAGGGAUGCUCUAGGGAAGGCAAGGCAGCACCAGGAGGGAGCAACUCUGCCCCGGAGGGCACUGCCACAGCAUGGAGGGGCUUUGGGCGCCCAGUGUCCUGCUGCUUUCCUGCCUGCUGCUGCCCUCUUCUGCAGGGAGCCAGCUCAGCCCCAGCCCCGACCAGCGUUUGCAGAUGGACCCCAAGGAGACACCGCCCCAGCACCAUGCUGCCAGGGCCAUCCAGGAGCAGAAGGCUGGCAGUGCCCAGGAGGGGCUGCCCCCACAGCCCCGCUGUGUUCGCUGCUGUGAGCCGGCCGACCAGCGCUUCUCCUACACCCAGUACCAGCCCCUGCCUCAAAUCAACAUGACCAUCCUGAAAGGCGAGAAAGGGGACCGCGGUGAGCGAGGCAUGCAGGGCAAGUUUGGCAAGACAGGGGUGGCCGGCAGCCGAGGCCACGCAGGGCCCAAGGGACAGAAGGGCAGCAUGGGCGCCCCAGGGGAACGCUGCAAGAGCCACUACGCUGCCUUUUCAGUGGGCCGCAAGAAGCCCCUGCACAGCAAUGACUACUACCAGACCCUCAUCUUCGACACACAGUUUGUCAACCUCUAUGAGCACUUCAACAUGUUCACGGGCAAGUUCUACUGCUACGUCCCUGGGAUCUACUACUUCAGCCUCAACGUGCACACCUGGAACCAGAAAGAGACGUACCUGCACAUCAUGCGCAAUGGGGCAGAGAUGGUCAUCCUUUAUGCCCAGGUGAGUGACCGCAGCAUCAUGCAGAGCCAAAGCGUCAUGUUGGAGCUGCAGGAGCAGGAUGAGGUCUGGGUGCGGCUCUACAAGGGCGAGCGUGAGAAUGCCAUCUUCAGCGAUGAGUAUGACACUUACAUCACCUUCAGCGGCCACCUCAUCAAGUACAGCGGGGACCCCUGAGCACCUGGUCCACCCUGCUCCUCCUCCCCUGGGGCAGAUGUCUGAGGAGCCCCAGCUGCCCUCUUGCCCCAGGCAUGCCACCCACCAUUAAGCUGUUAGCCCUUCCACAUGCUACUACUGCCAGCAGCUGCACCAGUGUGUGAAUGCCCCCAUGCCCAGCUCCUCGAGGCUGAGCCUAUGUACCUGGAAGAGUCAGAGCCAUUUCCAGCCUCUGCUGCAUUUGUGACCUGGCAAGCAGUCACUCGCCUGGGGCAGGUAGGGAACUCAUCCCCACCUGUGCCUGUGUCAGAGCUGGGUUUGCUGGGGCACAGUCAGUUGUGGCAAUGGCUGUGAGCUUGUGUUUGGGGUUUGCUUGGCAGCGCCCUGGUGAGAGGCAGCGCAGAUACACACACCGUCUUUUUCCCUUGCCCCCUCUUGCACCAUGCCAUGUGCGGCAGGCUCCUUCUGCAAAAGAGCAGAGGGUGCUCAGCACCCAGCAGGAAAGGCAGUAAAACCACUAAGGGCCCCUCUCUCUGCAGAGCUGGGUCCCAACAGCACAGAUAUUGCAGCACAAUGGUGGGUACCCUCUGUGCUGAGCCUCCCCAAGUGCUCCCAUGGGGGAGCAGAUUGUAUCUGUUCCCCUUUGCAAGUCCCUAUUGCAGUUCCCUCCGCCGCAGCCUCUGCUGGGUGCCGAUGCUACCAAGGAGGGGUUGGCACCUUGCCGGCAGCCCUGGGUGCGAGGCCUCAGCUGCUUCCUCUUCAGUUAAAUUAUCUGCUGGCUAGGCUUUGUAUUUUUUGUAGAUGCAAUAGCAAAGCAGGGCCUGGGACAGUGUGCUGCCCACCACUCUCUGUACAGCUUGUGACCACAUUAAACACCCCACAACUUUAAAUCCUA